GUCCGCAAAGGUCACAGUAAAAAAAAAAAAAAAAAAAAAAAAAAAAAAAACAGAAAAAGGGGGGCAAAGUGGCAAACUACCAGGGAGAUUCACUCAGAUUCCGUUGGUUCGUUAAAAUGAGCAGCAGCAGCAGCAGCAGUUUGAGAACGACAUGUAGGCCUCACACAGUUUUAACGUCAUUCACGUGCAGUAGCAGUAGCAGGCACCAACCUCGAUCCAGAAUUAGGGUUUCCUUUCGAACCCCCCCUGAUUGCAACAAGCCUCCUCCCUCUUUCUUCUCUCCUUGGCUUAUUCACACCAAUAACAACGACCCCUGGUUCCGCGUUAAUCACAAGAGAACUAUAGUUCGUGCCUGGACCGAGCCUAAAUCUCCAUACGAAACCCUAGAAUUGGAAAGGGAUGCUGAUGAAGAGGAUAUAAAGGUUGCUUAUAGACGGUUGGCCAAAUAUUAUCAUCCAGAUGUUUAUGACGGAAGGGGCACUCUUGAGGAAGGAGAAACAGCUGAAGCUAGAUUCAUCAAGAUUCAAGCUGCAUAUGAGUUGCUAAUGGAUGAUGAGGAGCGAAGACAAUACGAUAUGGAUAACAGAGUCAAUCCAAUGAAGGCCUCACAAGCAUGGAUGGAGUGGCUUAUGAAAAAAAGAACAGCUUUUGAUCAACGGGGUGAUAUGGCGAUCAUGGCUUGGGCUGAGCAACAGCAGCUUGAGAUGAAUCUCCGUGUACGCCGUCUUUCUCGUACAAAGACUGACCCUGAUGAAGAGAGACGGAUUCUAGCAAAAGAGAAAAAGGCAUCCAUGGAAUACUUUUCCAGCACAAUGAAGCGUCACACACUUGUAUUGAAGAAAAGGGAUUUGAUGCGAAAGAAAGCAGAGGAAAAAAAACGGUCCAUUAGCCAGCUUUUAGCUGCAGAAGGGCUUGAGCUGGACACAGAUGCUGAUGAAGCACUGUAGAGAUACUAUACAGUUGGUCUACUAGCUGCAUUGCAGCACGUAUUCUACUUGUACAAAAGUAAACUGUAUAUAUGAUUACUUUUCCGAGUAAGAAAUGAAUGACAAGUUGGCACUUCCCUCGGAAAAACUCUCUCUCAAAUAGUAUCUCUCUCAUUUCUUUUCCCUUUA